CACUUAUCUUACUGUACUUAUUCUGGUAUACCCACACCUCAAAACAGCGGUGGCUUACGCGAUAAGCGACCUCGGCAGCUUUCCUUGUCGCUGGCCAAAUAAAACAAAGGCGGUGCAACAGACGAAUUCCACACAUUUUACGCCAAAAUGGACCUGCGACCUGACGGAACUCGUUUCCCUGCACCUGGCCACCCGCCGAUGGUGCCUCCAGUUGUCCAUCAAAUGCCAUCGGCGCCCGUGGGAUUCACAGCUGUCCCUGGGCAUCCGAUCGGCGCACCCUACCCUACAGGUAUUCCUCAGGUCGCCGUUGCAGGGCAGCACGGAGCUUUCGCCGCAACUUCAGUCCACGGACACUCGCAUAGCCACGGACACCAUCACGACAGCCACCACGGACACUCGCAUGGACACUCUCAUGGAGCGGCCAUUGGGACGGCCGUAGGAGUGGGGGCUGUGAUUGGGGCUGUUUGUGCCCACUGCGGAGGAACGACCAAAACUUGCAAGAAAUUCAAGAAGCAAGUCAAGGAGCUGAAGAAACACCACAAGCAUGGACAUGGACACGUUCACGGGCCGGGUCACGUGCAUGGACACAAGAAGCACAAGAAAGACAAGAAGCACGGACAUAAGAAGUCCGGCUCUUCGUCCAGCAGCAGCAGCUCGUCCAGCAGCGACUCGGAUUAAAUAUUUAUAGUUUUAGUUAUAAUUUUGUUUAUUUCAUUGAAAUAUGCGAUCAAAAUAUAUUUUUGGUGAUUUUUGAAUUAGCUUCUUGCAGAAAAAUAAAUAUAAUCAAAGUCCGUU